CACUAACUGGAUCUACAGCCGCCUGUUUGACUGGAAACACACCUGAGAUCAGGUGAGAGUUUCACACAACUGAAAGUGAAAGUCUGAGCAUUCUCACUGGACGGAACAGCAGGGGCAGGAAAUGGCUUCUAGAUCUUUCUCAGAGGAGGAUUUCUCCUGUCCUGUGUGCUGUGAGAUCUUCAAGGAUCCUGUUCUUCUGCUCUGCAGCCACAGUGUGUGUAAAGACUGUCUGCAGAAGUUCUGGGAAACCAACGGAUCCAGAGAAUGUCCAGUUUGUAGGAGGAGAUCUUCAAUGGAGUUCCCUCCUACAAACCUGGCUUUAAAGAACCUGUGUGAGAGUUUCUCACAGGAGAGAAGUCAGAGAAGUUCAGCAGAGUCUGGAAACAUCUGCAGUGACCACACUGAGAAACUCAGACUCUUCUGUCUGGACGAUCUACAGCCGGUGUGUUUGGUGUGUCGGGACUCUAAAAAACACACCAACCACAAAUGUCUCCCCCUUCAGGAAGCAGCACUCAACUACAAGGAGGAGCUCAAAACUGCACUGAAGCCCCUGAAGGAGAAACUGGACGUCUUUAAAAGGUUUAAGCUGGAUUUGGAUCGGACUGCAGAUCAUAUAAAGACUCAGGCCCGACGCACAGAGAGGCAGAUUAAGGAGGAGUUUGAGGAGCUUCACCAGUUUCUACGAGAUGAAGAGGCAGCCAGGAUAUCAGCACUGAGGGAGGAAGAGGAGCAGAAGAGUCAGACGAUGAAGGAGAGGAUUGAGAAGAUGAGCAGAGAGAUAUCAGCACUUUCAGACACUAUCAGAGCCGUAGAAGAGGAGAUGGCAGCUGAAGAUGUUCCAUUCUUACAGAACUACAAGGCCACAGUGAAAAGAGCUCAGCUCACACUGCAGGAUCCAGAGAGCCUUUCAGGAGCGCUGCUCCAUGUGGCCAAACAUCUGGCCAACCUGAAGUUCACCGUCUGGGAGAAGAUGCAGCAGAUCGUUCACUUCACUCCUGUAACUCUGGACCCCAACACUGCUCAUCCUGAACUCAUCCUGUCUGAUGAUCUGACCAGUCUGAGACGCACUAAAGAGAGACAGCAGCUUCCUGAUAAUCCAGAGAGAUUUGGUAAAGCUGUAUGUGUUCUGGGCUCUGAGGGCUUCAACUCAGGAACUCACUGCUGGGAUGUUGAAGUUGGAGAUAGUAAACUCUGGUUUCUGGGUGUGAUGACAGAGUCGGCUCAGAGGAAGGGAAGUAUAUCCUCCAGGAGAGGAGUUUGGAGUGUGUGGUAUUUGCGUGGUAAAUAUAGAGCCGGUUCUUCACCACAGCCAGACACUCUCCUCUCAGUAGGUCAGACAGUGCGGAGGGUCCGAGUGCAGCUGGACUGGGACAGAGGAAAACUCUCAUUCUCUGAUCCUCUCACUAAAACACACUUACACACUUUUACACACACAUUCACUGAGAGAGUGUUUCCACUGUUCAAUACUGGUGAAAUCAGCCCUGUGAAAAUCUCAGCAGUGCAGUUUAGUGUAUCAGUGAAUCAGCUCAGUUAGAGCUCAUUCAGUCUUUGUGUGGAUCAGCACUGAAACACUGAUUAGUACUGAAAUGAUCUGCAGUUAUAAGAGCUGUUCAGUCACUGCAGCUCAGAUCAUCUGAGAUCUUACUGAGCUGCUUAAACACAUUUGUAGAAGGUUUAUCUGAAUUUUUAAUACACUGAGAUAUUAAAAUGUAUAAAAUGUUAAGUAAUGCAGGCGAAACAUUCAGAAACAUUUAUGUUUUGAACAUGUUUGGUUUAAUAAAGAUCUCCUAAAACAAGGUUGAUAAAUAUUAUAUAACCAGUUUUAUUUUAUUGCUAAAUUCCAUAUUCAUAAAUGUAAAUAUCCAAAUUAAAAGCCUCUUUUUAUUUUAUUUGUGAAUGAAGCCAAACAAGACAAACAGUUACUGGUUCUAGCAUUAAAAACACUGUCAGAACACUGGAAUUAGGUCCUUUGAUAUUCCUGUAUAAUGUGUCUGUCUGGUGAUGAUCUGAGCUGUUUGUGUUUUUCUGUUUUGUUUACUUUUAUUGUUGGUGUCUCUGAUUGACGCUGUCAUCAUAUUUGUAUGUUCAUAUUCUAAUUGAAUAAUAAAGAUCAGUGGGUGUUUGA